AUGCUCGCUGCAAUGAACCGGCCAGAAGACACAGUCCGGGGACCGCGUCCCUUCCGCGGCGAGGCUGAUGAAGAUGAAGGAAGGAAAGGAUCGACCGACUCUCUUGUGCCGCCUUCGCUGUCGUACAGCGAGGGCUCGCCGUCACCCAAUGAAGAUGAAGGGUCAAGACCGGUUACGGCCAUGGCUGAUGCUCCGGGCAACAAGCUGGCGCCUGGGCAGAAGCUGUUGACACAUGAAGAAACGAUCGAACUUGCGAGGCGCGCAGUGGAAAGUGGGAUCCAGGAUACCAAACGCUCUCUGGCAGGAAGUGAGGCUGUGACAGACGUGGUAAAGCCAAAGUUGACCAUCGAUCUGGGCCACUCUCAUAUUGUGCGCAUACCGGAACCGGUGGUAGAUAUAAUAAAAGACGAGGUAGAAAGGCUGUCCUUAUCCAACAACCAUCUUUUCCACAUUCCUUACCGCUUUGCUGAGUGUUCCCACCUCCGAUACCUCAACAUUAGAGCCAACAACUUCCGAGAAUUUCCAAAGGGGGUUUACAAACUGCCCUUACUGGAGAUUCUUGAUCUUAGUCGGAACAAGAUCAAUGCACUACCUGACGAGAUCAGCAAGCUCAGAUCACUGCGUGUAUUGUCGAUCAUGCAGAACCGGCUCGACGACUUGCCCACGAGUCUAUCUGAAAUGAACAAACUGCAGAUUCUCAAAAUUGCAGGAAAUCCCCUGAGAUAUCCUCUGCGCCGCGUGUUGGAGGCUUCGGAAGCUGAAAUCACGUCAUCUGGAAUGACUGAUAACGAAAAAGAAGUCGCUGUUACUGCGGAGCUGAAGAGGUUUCUCAGAACUCGACAGCAAGCGGCGACCACCCCGGAUCCCGAUAGUUCCGAAGCUGACCUAGUCUUCGAAACCCCUAAGCCCGCUCCCGUGAAACGCAAGCUUAGCAGCCGAUUUCCCGUUAUCCCAAGUACCGGCGAUGCCUCGGCUAGUUCUUCUCGGUCUCCGUCAUUGUCACGCCCUUCACCUCUUAUCCCAGCAAAAUCUCACUACCGCAUGGCUUCUGGCCAACAGGGCACCGGUAGUUAUCACAUGGGCGCACUUCAACGACCAGGAAUUACCCCUCACGGCGUAAACGAGCGCAAUCGGAGUAACAGUGAGGGUAUCAUUCAGGCUUCCGUCGCAGCCCGCAACAAGCGCAUGGGUGUUAUCACCCGCAAAAACACCGACCUAGGGACUCUGGACGAAACACGACCGUAUCGUAACAGCCACUUGCGAGGUCUCAGUCACGGCUCUGUCCUUCGAGCGCGCCCGGUAGCUCCUGCUCCUCCGAACGCCGGAAGCACCUCGUCAAGUCCCAUUAGUCCACGAGAGCGUCGGCGCUUGCGAGAAGGCUGGGUUAACCGAAUGUCCAGUCUUCCCGAACACAAAGGCGAACGAGGCUCGGACGAACCGAUUAUUGAGAGUGCAAAGGGCAUCUUGUUUGCAAUUUUCCAGGUUCACUCCCACAUUUUCACAUUGAUGAAUGUCGUCAAGCGCGAUGACACCAGACGCCAUAGCCUGGAAUUUGUGUUUGAAAACGCUUCUUACCAUGUUGAUCAGCUCAACGAUGCCCUUGAGAGUGCGGAGACCUCAAUGCCGGAAGAUGCAGAUGCUACACGGGCAGUUGCCGAGGCCGUGAAGCGAGAAUGUGAGACCUGCAUUUCAGCUUACAGUCAUGUUGUGACGCAGCUGCGCCACAAUACUGCCAAGAUAGUGACCAACGGUGAUUCGCGAUAUGUCCGAUCAUUGAUGCUUGCGAUGUAUGGCAGCUUGGUGGAGCUGCGAAAUGCGUGCGCCAGUCUCAAUGUGCCGCUUCAGACGGUCAAGAAACAACACUGGCUACCUAAACCGUUGAUGCCGGCGCCGAGUAGGAAGACCACAUCCGGACCUUCCGUGCCUCCCACCUCUACGGAUCGACUCCAGCGGCCGUUGGUCACUCCUACACGGGAACCAAAUGGGCCAACACGACGCUUGCGAAGCGACACUACAAUCCGGCAUCCCCAAAUCCCCAUGGCUGGACCGUUGCCGAUUACCAGUCAAUCUGCCGUUGGAUCUCCUGCCACGCCAUCCUUCAACUUCGCGCGCAGUCGAUCAAGCAGUCGAUCGAAUAUGAUUAAUUCCUCGGUCCCAACUUCGCUAGCAACACCUCGUUCUGGGGAAGCUUUCCCUCCCAUACCUACAAGUGGACCUCGCAUCAAUCCGUUGACAGGAUUAGACGAAAUCGAAGAAGACCGCAUCUUCGAGAAGAUCUUCCAUCAGCUCACUUCAGCAUACACAGCUGCACUUCAAGCCCUCCCGUUGGCGCGACGGCAAUUUUCCCGAUGCCUCGAAGCCGCCGAACAGCAGCGCGAGACUGAAGGGAUCCAACUAGUCUGGAAUAACCUCAUCCGUCGUUGUCGGAACUGUUUGGAAGUGUCGGAAACACUGGGCCUUCGUCUCUCGAGCAUGAAAGUCCGCGAACCAGGCGGUGGCCUUCGCAACCAACGCGAGUUCUGGCAACUCUGCAAAGCCUUCAUGCAGUCAUUCUUGGACCUAGUCACCGACAUGCGCGAGGCACGCAGCAUGCAGCUUCUCCCACAGGACAUCAUCAUUAUCCUGCGCCCGGUCCAGAAAGCCAGUCGCGAAGCGGGCCGCCUCAUCGAGGCAUCUCCCUGGUCGUACCUCUCCGAUAUCUCUCACGCACCGAGCAAUCUGUAUGGUCCUCCGCUGCAAACCCCGCACAGCCAGCAUCAAACCUCGGUUUCCACUUCUGCACUUACAUCCCACCCGAAUCCAUACGGGCUUGCAGUCGGCCUGCCCCCUCAGUCGGUAACUGUCCCUGCUACUCCACUGAGUGCAGCGCUUGGCCCUGCAGCACAAGCAACCGUGCCUUCAACGCCGGCAAGUGCCUACAGUGACAAAUUCUUCGAGGGCGAUGUCUUCCAGCGUGCUGACUCGCUUCUCUCCAUGGGAAACCAGGCGCCGUACUUCAGGCGUUAG